CAUUCUUAUCCCCACUAUUCCCAUCCCCCCCCAAAUUUCCUUGGAUCCAUCAGUUCCUUAUGUAACCAUCAUACAUAUUACAUGAUAUCCUUACAUAUCCUCACACAACACACUUAUACCAUUUAUGGCUUUAAAUGUUACGCCCCGUCGGUGCCUAGCAAGGUCUCUCUCGCAUUUCUUUCUAUAAUGCGUAUCAUAAAGGUUCUAGCCCCAUCCACAGACAGACAAUACAUGCAAGGAAUUCAGCUAGAGAAAGAAAAAGAGGAGGAGGAGGAGGAGGAGAGGUGUUCAUAUAAGGCAUCCAACCAACCAAGCCCUAGCUAAGUACCCAAGUACCCAACUUUCUCUUCCAAGCUACAAUUAGAAAAUAAAGAGGUUGAAAAAACGCGUCUACUGACGUCAUGACCGCAACAAUCAGUCCUAGUUUUAAUAAAUCCCCCUACCCCCCACACUUACUUGACUUUCAGUUCAAAAAAAAACGCUGUAGCACGCACCCAACUUAUUUGAACUUACUUCCAAGUACACUCGUAAACAAGAAACAGUAGCAGCAGGAGUAGCACGUGAACAAAAAAACCCCCCCUUCUAAUUUUUCCUAUUAUUAACACGCAGAAAGUCCAGUGACAUGAAAACUACAACAGCAGCAGCAAAAGAAAAAGCCCAUAACAUGUGUAGCCCUUUAAUUCUACACUUGAAACUGGUAAAGACGAAAAAAAAUCACGGGAAAUUAAAGCAACAAUGAUGGACUGCGAACCAUCACAGGGGGAGAGAGACAGGAUUCCAUAAUAGACACACAGCACAGAGAUUCC